AUGUUGCUGCGAAUAUCAGUUGCGGCACCAACAGGUGUAUGGCUGUUGUGGAUGCCGCUAAUAGCGGUCGGCAAUGCACAAUCAUUGACGGAUCUCGUCGGUCUCGGUGAAUUCACUGAGACUCAACGGAAAUACUGUGAAUUUGCGCCAGGAGAGAAACAAACAUGCGAGAAUUGUGUGGCAAAAGGAAGUGAAUGUUUUUAUUGCGGUGGGACUGUUGAACGUUGUUUACCGUAUGCUUGGUAUUUUCCUGGAUGCGAGCUGAACGAUGUCAAACACAACAAAUGCUGGGUGAACAUCUCAGCAGUAGUUGCUGUGGUCAGCGUGAUUGCUGGCAUUCUACUCGUGAUUUUCGUCUUUUGUUUUUGUUAUUGUUGUUGUCGAUGUCACGCUUAUCGACGAGCACGUGCCAAAAAACAACAAGAAAAAUAUAAUUUUCAGCAGGAGUUGAAACGAGCAGAGAUGCAGAAUCGACAUUCCCUUCGCACAAAACAACGUGAACAAGAACUGGAAUCGUAUCGAAUCAAAUAUGGACUACCAACACGAAUGAGUCCAGACGGGAAUCCGAUCUAA